CUGGUCGCCAUCGAGGCUCUUUCUCGUCGCAUCAGCACGCCCAAACCAACGAUCGCUGCACUGCAUCCCUGGCCAUGAACUCGGCUCUGUCGGUCGAGGAUGUGGUCGCGGCCCUUGCCGCUCCAGAGAACUUCGUUCCAUAUCUCCCAGCGCUGCUUGUGCUCCAGCUAGCCCUGUUUGCCAUCGCUGAGCUCGUCAUUUUCUUGCCGACCGCUGUGCAAGCCUUGCUCAGUCGCUCCAAGAGCACCGACACUAGCGACCCAACGAACCCUGUAUCGCAGCACAGAAACCUCUCCGCCGAACUCGACCACCUUUCCGAGGUCGUCGCCCAGCUCAAGUCCGCCACCACCGUCCAAUUUCGACAGGCGGCAGACAGCCAAUAUGCAACCGAGCAGGAACUUCGAGCUGCUAUUGACGCGCUCAGAGAGAAGCUCGACAGCCGAGUCGAAUACGACCACAAGCAGGCGCAUCAGCAACACUCCGGGAUCGACAGGUCGGUCGGCGAGUUGCCUGCAUUGGCAGUUCUGCCUUCUGGUCUCGAAGCCAACGCAGAUGAACACGCAAAGCACGCUCUAGACCAUCUUGAUGCAGGCCGUCGAGCCUCGAUGUAUCCGUUUGACCAGCUCGACGGUGCGUCUGUGAGCGUAUCUGUGCUCAGCCCAAGCGAUUCUCAGGCCACCCUGGCUUUGCCGGACCCAAAGGCAGAGCUCUACGAAAUAGCUCAGAAGCUCGAGGAGCGCCUCCUCAGCAAACUUGCCCAGGAUCUCAAACUAUCCGCGAAGGCCGAUGCAGAGUCGCAAGAAUGGCAUUUGAUCAAGCAACACCUGGACGCCCUCGCUAAGAAGGUUACGCACUCCAUCGGCGACCACGAUAAGACCCUCGCUGGUCUCACCGGUGGACUCUCGUCUCUUCAGGGGCAGCUUGCCGAGUUGGUCUCCAGAGUCGAUAGUCUCCAGGCCGCUUCCGUAGAGCUUGUGCAGGACGAAGCCGAACCCGAGCCGACCUCCUCCACGGCCCAAGAGACAGCCAUCGCGAUAACAACCAUGGAAGCUCGAGUCCAGACAGCCGAAGAAAUAGUCGAUGGCCUUUCUCAGCGCAUGGUGGCCCUCGAACAGCUCCAGCAAAGGUCUCAGGGCCCUUCGGACGAGGUAUCCACGCUACACGACAGCAUUCAGUCGAUCACACAGCAGUUCCAUCGAUUUGAGACGCUCUUGGAGGACAACUCCAUGACGAAAGACAGCAUUGUCCAAAAGCUGGUCGAGUUGAGCCAACGCGUCGAUGAAUGCGCCGAACGGAUCGACGAUGCUCAGGGAAGCGUUACGCAGCUGUCUGAAAUUGUCGGCAUCGUAGACUCAGUAUCUAGCCCCGCAACACCAACGCCCCCAGAGAGCACGCUCUCUCGAUCGCCGUCUCCAUCGUCGUCGCCGUCCUCGGAUGCCAAGAGCGAUGGCGAUGAUGGAUUGGUUGACGUUGCUUCCAAGAAUCUCCUUGAGCGCACUGCCGUCAUCGAAGACCUGGUGUCGGUCCUCUUCAAGGAUAUUGCGAUGGUGGAGGACCAAGCCACGGGUCGCCUCGAUGGCAUCCAUCAGCGUCUCGAGGACACAGGCAAGGCUAUCGGACAGAUCGUCGAGACUCGAGAGCAGCAGUCGCUGCUUGCCGAGCGGAUCGCUGAAAUCGAAGCCACGCAUCGGAGCCUCCAGGACAACCAACUGAGGCAAAAGUCCCAGCCGGUCCCUCCGCCGCAGCCUUCGCCUCAAGUCCUCCAGGUGAUCAGAGAGGUCAAAGACGAGGUCGCUGUCUUGCGCGAGCGGAUCGACCAGCUCAACCAGUCUGACGCCUCUGAAGAUAUCGAGUCACCGUCUCCUCCCGAAGACGGCUCGGCAGCAGUAUCAGCCAUCUCGCCUCGGCUCCAAGAACUGCACUCGCAGGUCAAGGCUCUGGCUCGAAAACUGGGGCUUGUCUCUAGACUCUGCUCGAGCAACUAUCACACAACCGAGCCAGUCGCACAAGGAACCGAUAUCGUCAAGCAUCUGCACUCCCGUCUCAUCGAGCUGAUCAAGCAGCUGGCGGGCUCGAUUGACGGCCUCAACAGUGCCUUCCCUGGACAGGUCCGUCUCGAUAAGGAGGUGCUCCUCCAGAUCCUAACACAGGGCCAAGAAUGGACUCUUGCGAUUGACGUGACCUCCAACUCUACAGACAUCUCGGCCAUGGAUGCCCAGGCCCACGAGGGCUAUGUCGCUUUCCUGUGCAGAAUCGAGACGCACAUCCUCGAGAUCGACAUUGGCCAGCAUACUGUCCUCGAUGCCGUGCAAGGAUCUGUUAGCUCCUCAGAGGACUCGAACGAAGGAGCCCUUGCCCGCUUCGACGAGGUCCAGACCGAGAUCGCCUCGGCUUGUGCAGCUCUUGGGAGACUCACCACGGUCCAGCGAAUCGGUGCGCUCGAAGCGAUCCAGGCGCAGCUGGAGCUGGAUCUACAGAGCCUCCGCACCUCUGUUCGAGACGCAGCGACUUUGGCUGAGGAGCAUAUCCAGACCCAGACGAAUGCUGGCACACACGGCUUGGAGAGCGCAGCGCAGCAAAUGCAUGCGAGUCUGGUCCAGAUCGAAGAGCGCGUUGGCCGACUUGAGGCCGGCGUUCGCAGCCCAAGCUCGUCUCCGAUCCGCCAACGAAGCUUCACCCGCGAACUGGUCGAGCAGCUGAACCGAUUUGACGGCGGCUCCGUCGACGGCCCAGCCAGUGCCUCUGCGGACUCGUUCCGCUGGCCAUCGUCACUGUCGCCUUCAGAAAAGGACGAUCGUGCCUCGGUGCCUUCCCCUUCUAUUCACAACCUUGUCUUUGACGGGUCUGCUGACGACCCCCGAGCUGCUCUUGGCGAGCCACCCAGCAGCCACCCUCGAGAAUCCAUUGAACUACCGCCUGCACCAGAGGAGCGAGCCAGUCCCAGCUCGAGCCCGCUCAAGAAGACCAAGUCCCAAGAUAUGGGUGGGAAAAACUGGCUUGGUAGGCUUCCGCUUUCAGCCACGCUUCGGAGUCGAACAAAGAAGUCGGCGUCCGGGUCAUCGACGUAGGUCGCGGUGCAGAGCCGUCAUGAAAAGCGCGCGGGAUGGGCCCAUCGAUGACAGUGGCCAGCACUCGCAAAUGAAAUGGGAUGUACCCGGUUUGCGCUCGAUUGUUGCUGUUGUGUGAGAAUAUACACAUCCGGUGUCCACAAUGGCUGUCUACUCCGCCAAGGAGGAGCAAUGAUGGUCCUCAUGUAAACUGAUCGAGUGUAUCCGAGAGCCUGUUUCCCAAACCGCCACAACACCAAUCGAUGGCCAACCAAGACAGAUCACCAUCCGCACGACCGACAUGGAGCCGAAGGAUCCUCGGGCUUCAGGCCCGUGAGUCCUGUAGCGGCAGCCGGCACUGUCCCAAAUAUCACUGCAUAUGUCGCUAU